CUUUUAACAAAAUGGCCAAUGAACAUCUGCAUAAUAAUGAAAAUUAAACCACAAAAGUCAGGGGGAAAAGGGGGUACAAAAUCAAAGAUAAACAAGAUCCAUCAAAGUGAUUACAUUGCCUGACGAUUGAGAAACCAAAUAGAAUUUUUUAGGGAAAUUGAAGAUUUUAAAGCAAUACCUUUUGUUUCAGAGGAAAGUUGAGUUAUGGGAAAUAACUCACAAGUUUUUAGGGCUAUAUAUAAGAGUAAAACUUGUGUCAAUUGGAGGUUAUGGUCUUUACUUUCUCUCUCUUUCUUCUUUGACUCUUCCUUCUACUUUCUCUCUCUUCCUCUUUCUCCUUCUCUUCCUGGUAUAUCUUUUCUUAUAGGAGUAUAUGUUCAAUCUUCAACGAAACAGAAAACUUGUGAAGUUGGUUUGGUGAGAAUCACUCAAGGUUCAAUUGGCAUAUAGAAUGAUUGGGGAUGCAAACUUUUUUAGUUGUUUCGUGGAGGAGCUAUCGUUUUUUCUGCUCUUCCACUUUUGGUCGAUUGAAGGAAUCGAAAUCCAUCCCUACUCAAUCAUUAGAAAUCGGGAAUGUCCUCCUUGCAGCACAUAUCACUAAAGCUUUGUCUCAAUCUGGAACGCAAAGUCUUGACGCUGACUUCAUACCUGUUUCUGAGAGUCUUGUUCUCCAUGUCCUUAGAAAAAACUCCCUUGACCCAGCAAAAAAGAUUGAUUUCUUCAACUGGUGCACUGAAAAAAAAGGUUAUAGACACUCUGCAAACACUUUUUCUCAGAUUCUUCGUUUACUUUGUCAUCCGAAGAGUCGCAACUACCUUAAUGAUCAUGUGGUGCACUAUCUUUUUAGUGCCAUGAAGCAUGAUGGUGUCCUUGUCGAUUCAUCCACCUUUAAGCUUCUACUUGAUGCUUUUAUCCACUCGGGUAAGGUUGAUUUCGCUCUUACAAUCCUAGACCAGAUGGAAGAUUUAGGAGCUACCUUGGAUAUAUGUUUUUUGCAACGGUAAUAGUUGUUACGAAAAAUGUAUAUGUUUUUUGCAACGGUAAUAGUUGUUGCUAAAAACAUUAAUAACAGAUUUUACUUUAUUGUUUUUCCUACAGUAAAGUCGUUGCAAAAGAUUGACUAUCAUGUAUUGCAACAACUUAAAUUGUUGUGAAAAAUAGAAAUUUAACAACGAAAAUUGUUGUAGCUAAAAAUGCAGGAAAUUUGGUAACGAGCUUUUUUGUUGCUAAAAACGUUUGAAGGAAUUGCAACGACAUUUUUUUUGCAACAAUAGAUCUCGUUGCAAAAAACAGAUACCUUUUGCAACCACCAUAGUCGUUGCUAAAACCUUUAGCUACGGCUGUACCCGCAACAAUGGAAUUCGUUGCAAAAAACAUUUUUAGCAACGAAAUCAGGUUUUUAGCAACGACUUUUUCUGUUGCUAAAAACAAGUUUUCUUGUAGUGUGAGUAUGGAGAAAAUGCAUUGAGUGCGAUUGUUGGUCCUAGAUGCAUUUUCAAAGGUGUAGAAUAUAUCCGACUUUACCCUUAUUAAUGAUAAAAUUUACAAAAAAAUAGUUUUCGAUAGACCCUUUGUAACAAACGUCAUGUGCAACUUUAUAUAAAUAACAAUUUCACAUGAUAUAUUGAUUAAUUUUAUUGUAAUCUAUUAUAAUCGAAAAUUAAAAAACUUUAAAUCUUUAGCUCAUCAAAAGUAAGAAACAUAGAUGAAACCAAACACCAAAUUCAUUUGCCUCAAACUCAUUUAUUUUCUCAUUAUGGACCAUUAGUAUUUAUGACCAUCCCUAAUCCUAACAAAGUUAAGUACUCACAACUUGAUUUUUUUAAGGUGUUCAGAAUUAAAAUCCUAAUUCA